AUGUUUGCGCUGCGGUCUCUUAGCAAAUACCUCUUCGGUAACGCCAACAAAGAAUCCAUCAUCGAACUGCCCCAAGGCCAGCUAUACAUCGUCCGCCCCCGAUCGCUCAAAGGCUAUUCCGAACUCAUCUUCAAAGACGCUGCUGCCUCGAUCCGACGAACCGGCCAAGAAUACCAGUACCAGCUCGUCAUCCAACGUGUCUACGAAGAAGGCGAAGCAGAGCUCGUAGGAGAAGACGGCACACAAGACGACCGACUCGACGGUGUAGCCUCAGACAAGGACGAAAAGACUUUUCUGCUCGACCAGGACCUGCACUUCCGUGUUGACAUCAGAGACGACGGCGAAGUUGUCCUCGGUUGGCUCGACCUCAGCGGUGACGACGGCGACUUGUUCGAAUUUGUCUGCGACCCUUCGGCAACCCCCGAAACCGCUUCAUCCUUUGCUCUCGUAGCUGCCCAGUGCCAGUACGAGCGCAAGUACCGCAAGCCUCGCGACCUCGCUACCGACCAAGAACUGCGCGAGUUCAGCUUCGAGCACGAAGACCCUAUACCACAAGCGAGUCCCAUCCAGAGCCCCUCACGCUCCCCUAUCAUAUCUCGCUCUCCCACCAUCUCUCCACCUCCAACCACGACACGUAUGCCAUCCCUAAACCAGUCCAACUCCGGCGUCAAGCGUAGUGAAGCCAUGCCCAGGACUACCAGAUCUGGCAAGGCCCCUCUCCGGACCUACGAGGAGGCUCCGACCAUCGCUCCUUCGGCAAACAAGGCUCCUGAGGCUCGCGAAACUCUGGCUGAUCAAGAUGUCCAACUCCACCUCUUCGACUUCCAGUCCGGCACUUUCGUGCAGCAAGCCGAGAGCGUCAACGCUACCGUCACAGAAAUUGGCAACUGGAAAUACUGGCUUCAACUGAACAGUGACGACAGAGACUGGCUCGGUCAAGAAGUUGUUCCCGAACUCAACCCCGUCUUCAACUUCGAGUACCUCUCCUUCAUCUUCAAUCACUACAGCGAAGACGGCAAUGCUUACUCGUGGCUUUUGCGCUUCAAGGAGAAAGAAUCAUUGGAGGAGUUCCAACAAGGUCUGAUGCAGGCUCUCUGGGAGCACUCCAACCAGACCAAGUGGCUCAAAGCAAAGGACACCGAGAGAGACUACGUCCUCGAUGCCUUCAACGACCUCGUCCUGGAGGAUAAGGAUGACGAGAGAGAGGCCGAGGCUCGUGAAGAAGACGAACAAGAGGAGGAAGAAUACUACGACCAAGAGGAGGACGAAGACGAUGGACAAAGAAGCGAGCACUACGACAGUGACGAAUCGGAGGAUGACGUUAUCACAAGAGACGAAGAUGGAAACGUCAACUCUCAGCUUGCUGUCGGCUACAAGCACGACCGCUCGUUCGUCGUCAGAGGCUCCAAAAUCGGUGUCUUCAAGCACACCCCUGACAACCAUCUCGAAUUCUCCACCAAUAUUUCAAAGGUCGAGACACCUGGCGGCAAAGUCUUUAACCCCAAAAAGAUCAUGCUACACGCCGAGGAUCGCAACAUGAUCAUGCAAGAUGGUGACAACCCUAACUCUCUCUUCCGCAUGGACCUUGAGUAUGGCAAGAUUGUCGAUGAGUGGAAGGUUCACGAUGACAUUCCUGUCAACACCUUCGCCCCCGAAAAGAAAUUCAGUCAGAUGACUGGCGAGCAAACCUUCUUGGGAUUGUCCAACAAUGCUCUGUACCGUAUCGAUCCUCGUCUGCAAGGCGACAAGCUCGUUGAGUCGGAGCUCAAGCAAUACGCCACGAAGAACGGCUUCACCGCUGCGGCCACAACCGACAAGGGAUACAUUGCCGUCGCUUCAAGCAAGGGUGAUAUUCGUAUGUUUGAUCGUCUCGGAAUCAACGCAAAGACACACAUUCCUGCUCUGGGUGACCCGAUCAUCGGUCUCGAUGUUUCCGCUAAUGGCCGUUGGGUUCUUGCUACUACUCGCACUUACCUCUUGCUCAUCGACGCACUGCAGAACGAUGGCAAGAAUGAGGGCAAGCUGGGUUUCGAAAAGUCAUUCGCCAAGGACUCAAAGCCUCAGCCGCGUCGUUUGGCUCUUACACCAAGUCACGUCGCUCAGUUCCAGCAUGAGACAAAGGUUGCUCUGUCUUUCACACCCGCCAGAUUCAACACCGGUCCUGAUUCAGACGAGACCACCAUCAUUACCGCAACCGGACCUUUCAUCAUCACUUGGAGUCUCAAAAAGGUUCUGGCCGGACGCAAGGAUCCUUACAGCAUCAAGCGUUAUGCCGAAGACGUCAAGGCAGACAACUUCCGCUUCGGCAGUGACAAGAAUAUCGUGGUGGCUCUUCCCAACGAGGUCAACAUGGUAGCCAAGAGAGCACUGCAAAGACCAACUCGCGAGAGCAUCAUGGCCACUCCUAGAAAGACUGGCCGUGGCAGCUAUCUCAGCAGGAAUGACAUCGUCAACAGCCCUUACUAA